AUGCUGUCGUUGGCAUUAUGCAUUGGACAUAGUCUGAAGAUCUUUGAUGCCUUAGCUGUAGUGGCUACCGAAGAAAAACCAGCAACCGCUCGAAUUGUUGCCGAAAAAGCUGAUCUCAAAGAACGCUACGUAAAGGAAUGGUUAUGUUGUGUGGCAUGUGGCGGCAUUAUUGAAAUCCACGAAGAUGGAGAAAGAUUUUGGAUCAAGAAAGAAAACAUUCCUUUACUUACUGGACCAAAUACAUGUUACUUUCUUACCAGUCUUGAUGUAAUUCGCUACCUAGCUGGAAAAACUGAAGACAUCAAAAAGCUUUUCCGGCGAAGCGGACCACUCGGGCGUGACCUGAAUGACUUCAGCAAAUUCCAAAAAUAUUUUGGAGCUUACUCUCAAGCUAAAUAUCGUGAACAUCUUAUUUCGGACUUUUUGUCUUUAUCUGGAGCCAAAGAAAAAUUAGAGAACGGUUCUAUAAAGGUUUUAGAUAUUGGUUGUGGAAGCGGUUUUCAAAUCACACUUUGCGCUAAAAAUUUUCCGACAUCAUCUUUCACUGGAAUUGACAUAAGUCGAGAAGCAAUUGAAAUUGCCCAACAACGUCUAUCGGAGCACAAAUUAGAAAAUCUUAGAUUUUUUUUGAUGGACGCCAGAGAGUUACCAGUUGAGUGGACUAACCGAUAUGAUUGGAUUAUGCUGUUUGACUCGUUACACGAGCACGUGAGGCCAGAUUUGUGCUUGAAAGAAAUUCGAAGAGUUCUGAAGAGGAACGGACUCUUAACGGUUGUUGACGUCAACGGAACAAGCAAUGCAUUUUUGGAUAAAAAAGUAUUCCCUAGCAGGUCAACGUUCACUUACGGGUUAUCUUUAUUCACCUGUCUACCUUACGGAAGCAAUGCACCAGACGCCCUUCGCCUUGGAGCCAUGUGGGGCCAACAGCGAGCGAUGGAACUGUUUCACGAAUGCGGUUUCAACAAUGUCAAAGUGAUUCCGGUGGAAUUUUUCAAAGAAAAUCUUUUGUAUGUUUGUAAAAAUGAAAAAGCUUAG